UAGCUACGUGCGCGGGUCAAGUGUGCGUCCAUUGCAUCCCAUAAUGCAAUAGGCCGUUGUGAACGAUCCAGCAGUCAGCAGCUGGUGGUGAGUUUCCAGAGCGCCGAAGAGGCAGCAGCAGGCGAUACACGUCUCCGAAUCAAUGUGACAUUAUACGAACGUUUAAGCGUACAGGCAUUAGGUAAAUAUGCGGCUCAAGUAUCUAGCAUAUCUCCAUAAAGGCCCGUGAGUGUCGGCAAGUACCACAGUAUUCGUUUUGGAGGAUUCCUCCCCCGUCCACCGGAUCGCACCAAACAGGCAAUGACAACGGCCUCAGCAACUCCGCAGCAGAUGAGAGACCGGCUGCUGCAGGCCAUCGAUAGUCACAGCAAUCAGAUUUGCAAUAUGGUGGCAGUAUUAGAAGUUAUCACAUAUUUGGAGAAGUUCCCUAUCACCAAAGAAGCUCUUGAGGAAACUCGCUUAGGGAAACUGAUCAAUGAUGUGAGGAAGCAGACCAAGGAUGAAGACCUUGCCAAGCGUGCCAAGAAGCUUUUGCGGAGCUGGCAGAAAUUGAUCGAGCCGGGGCAAAAUGAGACUCCAUCGCGGGGGGCCGUGUGUGUCCCGGGCUCUGCCAAUGGCAGUGCCCACCCCUUUCGGACUGACAUUCCACCCCCUGAUGUCUCAAUGGCAAGCAAGGGUGUCCCAGAGGUGAAAACUAGAAAUGACGUCCACAACACCCACUCGCCAAAAGCGGAGAAGUCAAGCAGCAGAAAGCGUAGAGGGGAGCAAAGGGACAGUGUGCACUUAGCGGCCAAAAUCUCCAACUUGUCCCCCUACGAGCAGAUGUACAACACCCCACCACCACCACCCACAAAUGGGAUUGCAGGUAGCCCUGAGGCUCCCCCAUCGCCGGACAGGGCACGGACAGAGCACCUAGAGAAUGACAAACAUAGUAGGAUCCCUGUCAAUGCUGUCAAGCCUCACCCAAGCUCCCCGGGCCUCACCAAACUACCUAGCACUUCUUCUUUACUCAAGACUGCUGUGUUGCAGCAGCAGGCAAGGCUGGACGAAGGAGGCGGUGGGCAGUAUCAGGCCAAAAGCCCMCACUGUCUCUCAUCAAGUCUGCGGAGUCCGCGAACUAUGAAGCAAGAGACGAUGUCCAAGCGCUCUUCAACAUAUGCACCAAAAGGGACUAUCCCAAGCCCAGCUCGGAGCCCUCGCUUGCUGUCGUCCCAAUCUUUAAAGUCCCCAGCCGAAGUGUCUCAUGUGGAUGGGCUGCCACCCCCUGCCCAUAGGGCCUCACUGCACUGGCCCGGCUCCUCGGAGGUCACCAGCCAUCCCCCACGCAACGCUGCAACACUGGAACCCCCGCCGGUGUUCCCUCCCACCUCCCAGCCCGCCCCAACCAACUCUGAGAGCUCAGAACUACAGAGACCCACCCCCUCCUCCUCUGUAGUGGUGGUCAAGGCUGAGGCAGRAGUCGCUGCCUCCAGCUCGGACCGCAAAAAGAGGAAGAAGUACAGGUCCAGGGACUACUCUGUCAACCUGCAGGGGCAGGACACAGAGGACCAAACGAGGCCUGUGCGAUUAAAAGAGCGCAGGCUAACGUUUGACCCUGUGACGGGGCAGAUCAAGUCCAUGGUACAUAAAGAACUCUCUCAGGUGGAAGAACCCCCAAGGCCACCUCCCCCUGAGCCCCAGCAGAGGACUCACCUGCCCCUGCAGCAGCAUCCCGCUCCCACCCCCAGCCCCUUCCAACAGACUAACUGGAAAGAGCUGUCCCGAAACGACAUCAUCCAGUCCUACCUAAACCUUCAGAGCAACGUGCUCACAUCCUCAGGGGUCCAGGCCCCCGGCGCACACUUUUUCAUGUCAGAAUACCUGAAACGGGAGGAGAGCGACGUUAGGGAGGCGAGGCGAGGAGUCCACGUCUUGCAGCUGGACAGCUCGGUAACGGACACACCGGGGGUGAGCCGGGAGUUGACUGACGAGGACCUCCACAGAGUACAUAUGGAGCACUGGCARGGGGUAAACGGUUGUUGCGACACCAAGGGCACUUGGUACGACUGGACGGAGUGCAUAUCUUUGGAUCCGCACGGGGAUGAGAGCAAACUAAACAUCCUGCCAUAUGUCUGCCUAGACUGAGUAGAUGGAGUGUCUCUCUCUGUCACUUGACAGAGGAAGGAAAACAAUUUUUUUAGCCAYUGAGUUGUGGAAAGCCAGAACUGCAAAACUCCCUCCGUGCCUCCCUCUCAGAGAUAAUCGAAUGAGGUUUUGGUAAAAAAAAAAAAAAAGGUUGGUUGGUUGGUUAAAGGGCUGCUGUUUCAGUUCUUAUUUUCUUUCAAAGAUUUAAAUAAAAGUUGCAGAAAAGAUGUGCCCCUGUUUGCAGUGCUGCUACUAACAAGGAAUUGCAAACUAAGGUUCUAGUUGAGGGUUGGCUGGGGUUUAGGUGUCCAGUCGAGGCACAGUUAUGCUCAGAAGGGGUUGAAAGAGUUCAUCUAGCACAGGUAAAGCCGAAUGUGUCCAGCAAGUGGAAUACUGGCACCAAUUUGRCAGUUACAAGAAGCUUUAUGUGACAUAUAUAAAAAAUAAAUUAUAAAAUGUCUUAUGUAUGCAUCUAUUUAUUUGACCUUUUCUGUUUUUUUGGGAGGUUUAUCGAAACAGAUGUACAAAACCUGUAGAGCUUUUCUGUUUGCAUCACAUAAUGUUGACCUGUUCUGCAAUGCAAACGAGGCAUACCAUUGUUUUGCACAGUCUUUUCUUUUUAUUGGCCGAUGCGCAUUAGCUAUCCAACAUUCCAUGCUCCUCACAUCUCUCUCCUCACUCUGUUCUAAUGUACCCAUGCCAUCAUACACUUAUUACCGGGAGGAAAUACUUGAUAACAAAUUUUGCCUGUUUUUGAAUGUGUUUUUCAAUCCUAAAAGUAUUUUUUUAAAUUUUCUUUUAAUCUGUUUACGUUUUCAAUUAAUUGUUUGUUAUAUGUACAUUUUGUAUUUCCUCCCAUAUCCCCUAGCAAUCCUCACCCAGGCAGAACUGUGAGCAAAAAUGUCAAAACAGAGGGCGCUAAUGCAUUAAAACUGUAAACAAUUGUGAGGACAAGAAAAUACGGAAAUGUAUGCGCAAACUAUACUUGUCACCAUUCCUUUAGCUAUCAUUUUGCCUUAUGGAAUUUCAUCACAAGAUUUUUAAAGUUGAACAGCUUUAGUGAAUGUACAGAAAUGAGACCUUUUGUAUUUAGUUAUACAGUGGUAGAUAACUUUUGUAAUUCCAUAAUUGACACAAAGUUACGUGUAGAUAAAAAUACACCACACCUGCAAGUUCAAAGUUUUGUACAUAGUUUUGACAUCCAUGUCAAAAUUCCCUCAGAUCUUUUAAGCGUUUGUUUUGCAGGAAUGUUCUACUCAUUGAGAAGCAUGCAUGAUGGUGAAUGAACAGGCAUAGUUUCUUUAGCUUUUUUUGUUAACUACAUAAACCUAGAGUGCUGUGGUACCAUCACRCAUUCUAAACUUUUACCAUGUGACAAACAUGAUAGUUCAGAGAAGUAGUUUUUUUUUGUUUUUUUCUCAUCUUGCAUUGCCACUGUUCUCCACAUAUAACAUGACUUUAGAUAGGCGAAGAUCAGACUGUGUGCCGCUAAAUCCAUCCCUACCAAUGUGCCUUUGAAUCUGUAUUUGUUCCGCAUAAUACUCCUGUCCUUGGAGCUAGGUUUGUGUGGGACAAUUCCAAAUUCUAUGUCCGAUAAUGCUGGAAUAUGCACCGUUUUUUCGAAGCAAUGGUCCUUAGUGAACACUGGUCCAGUAUGGGUAAAUUGCAGACUGCGAUAUCACUCAAACACAGCUCGCAAUAAAGAAAUGUUAAAGAUGAUUGAUGUGGAUCUGGUCAGUUUUGACUGGGACAUCUUUAUUUGUUCAGUGUUUAACAUCUCUCAAUAGUUUGAAAAAUAAAGUGACAUUCUAAAC